AUGAUGGAUUUUGAUGAGCGUGUUCCUUGUUCCUCUAACAUGUAUUUGCCAAGUUGUACUUACUACGUCUCGGGUCCUGAUUUUUCCAGCCUCCCUUCUUUUUUGCCCCAAACCCCGUCUUCUCGCCCUAUGACAUACUCCUACUCCUCCAACCUACCCCAGGUCCAACCUGUGAGAGAAGUUACCUUCAGGGAAUAUGCCAUUGAUCCCUCCAGUAAAUGGCACCCCAGGAACAAUCUGCCCCACUGCUACUCCGCAGAGGAGAUCAUGCACAGAGACUGCCUGCCUGCCACCAACACUGCUAGCAUGGGCGAGAUGUUCGGCAAAAACACAGCUAACGUCUACCACCCCAGCACCAACGUCUCCUCCAAUUUCUAUAGCACGGUGGGCAGGAACGGGGUCCUGCCCCAGGCUUUCGACCAAUUUUUCGAGACGGCUUAUGGCACGGCGGAAAACCUGGCCUCAGCGGACUACCCGGUAGACAAGAGUGGCGAGAAGGCGCCCGCGGCCGCCGGGGCGGCGGCGGCGGCAACUUCAAGUUCGGAGGGCGGCUGCGGCAGGGCGGCGGCGACGGCGGCGGAGAAGGAGAGGAGGAGGCGGCCGGAGAGCAGCAGCAGCCCCGAGUCAUCUUCCGGCAACAAUGAGGAGAAAUCCGGCAGUUCCAGUGGACAACGUACGCGUAAAAAGAGAUGCCCAUACACCAAAUACCAGAUUAGAGAGUUAGAAAGGGAAUUCUUCUUCAGUGUCUAUAUAAACAAAGAGAAACGCCUCCAGCUCUCCCGAAUGCUCAAUCUGACCGACCGUCAAGUCAAAAUAUGGUUUCAGAACAGAAGAAUGAAAGAAAAAAAAAUUAACAGGGACCGAUUACAAUAUUACUCAGCUAAUCCACUACUUUAA